AUGAUCAGCAGCAGCAAAAGCAGCAGCAGCAGCAACAGGCCUAGAAGCAGCAGCAGCAGCAUCAUCCCCACUGUCAUCAGCAGCAAAAGCACAAGUAGCAGCAGCAGCAGCAGCAGAAGCUCUAACAGCAGCAGCAUCACCACCACCAUGCGCCUUAGCAAAGCAGCAACAGCAGCAGUAAAAGCGGCAGAAGCAGCAGCAGCAGCAGCAGCAGCAAUAAAGGCAGGAGCAUCAGCAGCAGCAAUAACAGCAGCAGCAGCAGCAGCAUCAGCAAUGAAAGCAGGAGCAGCAGCAUCAAUAAAAGCAGCAGCAGAAGCAGCAGCAGCAAUAAAAGCAGCAGCAGAAGCAGCACUAAAAGCAGCAGCAUCAGCAUCAGCAAUAAAAGCAGCAGCAGCAGCAUCAGCAAUAAAAGCAGCAGCAGCAGCACCAGCAGCAGGAUCAGCAAUAAAAGCAGCAGCAGCAGCAGCAGCAGCAGCAGCAGCAGCAGCAGCAGCAGCAGCAGCUGACCCUCUGGAACAUGAAGUCACAACAGGCCAGCAACUGUGA